AUGAAUCAAAAGCUUCCAUCAAAGAUCUCUACCGUCAUCGAUUGCAAACAGGGUGCUGUUCGAGCUGUUCGUUUUAAUGUUGACGGCAAUUACUGUGUCACUUGCGGGGCUGACAAGACGUUGAAGCUUUGGAACCCGGCACGACCUGAUGGUGCACUUCUGUUGAAGACCUAUUUCGGCCAUGGUUACGAGGUACUGGAUGCCGUCUGUUCGUCGGACAGCGCUAAAAUUGCCUCCUGCGGCAAAGAUAAAAACGUUAUCGUGUGGGACGUAGAAAGCGGGAAGGUGCUACAAAAGUUUAGAGGACAUGCAGGAGUCAUUAAUUCCGUAGAUCUAAAUGAAAAUUCGAACGUCGUUAUUUCGGCGUCCCAAGAUUCAUCCGUUCGAGCAUGGGAUUUAAACAGCCGACGACGAGAUCCUAUUCAGGUUAUGGACGAAGCCACGGAUAACGUCCUUAGCGUUUCGGUCAGUGAACAUGAAAUUCUCAGCGGUUCUGCUGAUUGUUACAUACGUCGCUAUGAUCUGCGGCAGGGAAUGAUGUUUUCGGAUUUUGUCGGAAAGUCAGUCACGUGCGCUUCCUUUUCUGGCGAUGGCCAAUGCUCCUUGGUUUCAUCUUUGGACUCUACCGUUCGCUUGUUGGACAACAGCUCCGGGGAGUUACUAGCAGAUUUCACUGGUCACAAAAACACGCAGUACAAAUUGGAAAGUUGCAUGCUCUUAGCUGAUACCCACGUUCUUAGCGGUUCAGAAGAUGGUAAAAUUUACUGUUGGGAUCUGUUGCAUGGAAAUCUGAAGUGUAAACUCAACCUUCCUGUUUCCUGCGCUGUGCACAGUCUUAGCCCUCAUCCUGACAGCAAGUCUUUGUUAUCGGCUGCGUUCAGUCGUGUUUAUCUAUGGACGUGUCCUGAAGAGGAAGAUGAAUCUGAAACAUCCUGA